AGCAGGAGGUGUAGCCCAGUACCUGGGGUCUCUCGAGCAUAUAUUAACAACCUUUUGUAGGACCAGGAUGUUGGCUGCCUGCUUUACCUGUGAUGCCGGGUGCUGUCCCAGGGGUGAUUUGUGUGAUUUUUGCUCAGAGGUUGGAUAAUGGGUUUGUCUGGGCUGGUUUGGACAGGGCUGAUCUGGGUUGGACUAGAUGCGACCUCGGCAGGCCCCUUCCAGCCCCGCUUCUCUGUGACUUUAUGAGUUUGUGCGUGCCCUGGGUUGUCUGCUGAGCUGGGCACCCCCCCGACUUGCUGCCCCUCCCCCCCACAUCAGGAGCCAGGCUGGCUCCCGGCACUUCAUAUGGGGCUGGCUGCACGAGGGGGUGCAGAGCUGUAGACGGGAUCCUGCUCCGCGAUCGAGACAUCUGGGCAGCAGCCGGGCCAGCUCAAGCCUCUGUCUGUCCACAGGACCGGGCUGACACAGCGCCAACAGCACAUGCUCCUCCCACCCUGCCUGCCUGUGCCCGUCGGGUGGAGAGGCAAUAACCCAGCCUCGGGGCAGGCCAGACGUCAGCGUCUCUGCCAGCGACCGGCCCCAGAGGCCCACCCCGGGACUCCUGAGCUCCCUAGCAUGACCGGGGGUCUCCCUGUGCCUCUUGAAUGGGGUUGUUGAGACCCUUUACCUAGAAGCCCAGGCACCUCGGCUGGAAGGAGCUACGUGAGCACAAGCAGACGUUUUUCUGGGGAUGUGCAAGGACAUGGAGACUGGGAAUGUGACAGAGCCCUGGUACCAGAGCCUGCAUGCGGUGCUGAAAGCCCUGAAUCAGACGCUUCAUGGAGCCCUCCUGUGCUCUGCGGAGCAGCCCCCGGAGAGGAAGAACAGCAGCCGGGCCCAGCUGGCCCACAAGGAUGACAACUCCUAUAUGUACAUCUUGUUCGUCAUGAUCCUCUUUGCCGCCACGGUGGGGAGCCUGAUCCUGGGCUACACCCGGUCCCGGAAGGUGGACAAGCGGAGUGACCCCUACCACGUGUAUAUCAAGAACAGGGUAUCCAUGAUCUAGGCACAGAAGGACUGGUACAAGGUUGUGCCAUGCCACUGCCACCUGCCCCCUUUCCUUGCUCUCCGGCAUGGGCGCAGCUGUGGUUGCAAGGAGGGUCCAGACACGCACACGAUGUCAGGGGGCCCAGGGAGAGCCAGGGCCUAUGGUCACCCGGAUAGCCAUGUUUAGGCCAGCGAACAUAGUCAUAAGUAUGUACCCCAGAAACUUGCGCAGCACUGCAGCCCUUGCAGUGUACUGUGGGAGACCUGUGGGACCUGAGCUCUCAGCUACUGCAGCGGUGGAUGCCUUAUAAUAACCCAGUUAAAUGGGUUCAGAGAUGAAGAGCACGGGGCUGACAACCAGACAGCGGCAGGGGCGUCUGGCUGGGGGAGGAAUCCCCACUGCCAAGCUAAGUACCUGCCUCUGUGGGGCUCAAUGCAAGAGCCCUGAGGCUGGCUGGUUUCCCUUGCAGGUUGGUGGAUAACGCAGAUGCCCCCGGCAGGGGGUCUGCAUGGACAGAAAUGUCUCACUGUGAUGGAGGAAAACGUGGGGGUUUGAGAGCGGGGACCCAUUCGCUGCCUGGUCAGCUGUCACAGGCCAGCCCUCUGACAGCUGCUUGAUGCUGAGUUCAGUCCUGUUCCAACUGGACACAUCCCCAGGGGAUUUGGUAUUAACUCUUCCCCUGGGUGGCUGGGAGGUUGGUACGUGAUCGGUCCCCAGCGCCUGACUGAUCCUUUCCCCCCGGGGGUCCCUCCUGCUUGGUGUCGAGAAGUUUGCAUCACUUCUGGCCAUGAACCCUGUUGUGGGGACAGUGGGGCACGACAUCCCCCAUUGCCUCUCAGCCUGGGAUCUUUCU